UCAUUAAUAUUUCUUACCUGUUAUUAUCAACAAUAUUAGUGGAUAAUACAUAUUGAUUUAUUGUAUGUUUAGUCACUAGCUUCUAUUAGCAAUUAUUAAUUGUCAGCAAUAUUAGUUUUUAAUAUGGAUUAAUCUAGUGUAGAUUUGGUCUUGAGUCAAUAUUAAUGAUCAACAAUAUUAGGUGUUAAUAUAUAUUAAUCUACUGUAGGUUUACUCAUUCAGUAUUAAAUAUAAAAAUAUUAGAGGUUAAUUUAUAUUGUGUGUAUUUUUUGCCAUUAGCCAAUAUUAGUUCUCAAUGAUAUUAGAGGCUAAUAUAUUUUAAUUUGUUGUAUAUUUAGUCUAAUGACUAUCAGCAUUAGUGGUUAAUAUAUUUUCUAUCAUCAGCCUCAGUUAUCAAUCCCUUUUAUAUCCAUUAUUACUGUGGUGUAAGUAUCAGCCACUAACCUUCACUCCGCUUUAUUAUCAGGGUUAGCGAUCAGAGUGGUUUAUAGCCAUGGUAUUACGGUAUUAAUAAUUUGUAAGUCAUUAACCUUUAUUAGUGUCAGUGGUUUACACAGCUAUGCAGUAAGUCAUCAUACUUUUAAAUCCUUUUUAGUGCUCAUUAACAUAAUCCUCUUUGUAGAGGCCAGGGAGGCAGUGGCGAGGGGUGCAGAAAAGCCCCCCAAAAGUGAUCUCAGGGCCCGAUGAGGGGAAGCUGUCAGGGCUCAGAGGCUUACGGCCAGGAAGAGGAAGGACAUCCCAUGAUGGAGGAUUACAGCCAGAGACAUUCACACGGGGAAUAUGGCACCGGCGAAGAAAUCCUAUCCUACAUUCUGGUGCAGGUCCCGCCGCCCACACCCUCCGCCCCCCGGCCCCGCUUCUCCCUCUAUCUCUCUGCCCAGCUGCAGUAUGGGGUGGUGCGGGUCUACAGCCGACAGUGCCACUACCUCAUCGAAGAGAUCCACCCCAUUGACAUCCCACAGGUACUCCCCAUACCCGAACUGCCCAGCCCCACUGACAUCCCACAGAUUCGACAUAUUCUGGAGGCUCCCACGCCCCCAGAGAGACCACCCCCAUCCCCCCGGCGCAGGAGGGUAGAAGUGCCCCCCAUCACGGUUGUGUCCCCCGAAAUCAUCACCAUGAAAGAGGUGGAGCCCAUCAUGCUGCUGGAAAUCGAGGGCGAGCGCGAACUCCCAGAGAUCACGGCACGUGAGAUCGACCUGCUGGCCGAGCAGGAGGACUUCGUCCUGCCCCUCGCCCCCCCCAGGAGACCCCCCAUGGAAGAGCUGGAAGAGGAGAUGAGAGCCCGGGAGGCCGAGAUCACGGCCAGACUGUCACCCCCAACCCGAGUUGAGCCCCCGAAGGGAGCCAGGGCUGCCGCCCCCUCCCCUACCCCCAGCUGUGACUCCCAAAGGGUGGAGCGCCCCCAAUCAGCGCCGAAGCUGGAGCUGGCCGUGUACGAGCCGGCCCCACCGCGAGCCCCCCGGCGCCCGCGCCGCUUCCUGGACGAGGUGAGCCAGAUCCCACGGGACCAGUUCAACAAACAGAUGCCUGGAUGUGCGGGCCCAGUGCCGGCCCCAUGUGAUGGUGGAGGUGCCAGCCAGGGCAGCGGCGGACCCCAGCGGAGCAUGCUAAAGAGCCCGCGUAUGGCUGGCUGCCCCCCGAGCUGCACGCCCUGUGGCAGCGCUGCGCCGUCCUGCAAGCCCGUGGACUACGCGGCUCUCCGGGCGAGGAGGAGAGAAAAGAAGAGCCAGUCCAGCGAACUGGAGGUUGCACGUGAGGCCCUAGAGCCCAGCAUCCUGUGAUGGUCUCCUCAGAGAUCUCCCUGGAGACCACCGAGGAGGAGGUGCCACGCCCCAGCCUGGUGACCCCCGAGGAGAGAAGGUGAG